GCUCUAUAGUAAAAGAAACUGAAACUUAGAAAGCUCAGAGCAACAGAAAGCACAACUGCAGUCAAGACAAGUCUCCCUCUCUCUCUCUCUCUCACUCUUUCAACAAACAACUUCAGGUGGACAGUCCAACAGAGCCUCCGAGUACAACAAACAUGGCGACAGCCAGCAGUCUCCUCUCUGAAGACCACUUCCUGUGCUCCAUCUGUCUGGAUGUGUUCACUAAUCCGGUCACCAUACCAUGUGGACACAACUUCUGCAAGAACUGCAUCACAGACCACUUCAAUGUGACUGUCCAGAGACAGUGUCCCAUGUGUAAAGAGGUUUUCGACAGAAGACCCGAACUUCGGGUCAACACUUUUAUAUCUGAGAUGGCUGCUCAGUUCAGGCAGUCACUUCAAAAGAAGAGCUCCAACAGUUCAGAGGAGCAACGUGCCAUCACAGGAGAAGUUCUCUGUGACGUCUGCACUGGAACCAAAGCGAAGGCCCUGAAGUCCUGCUUGGUGUGUCUGUCCUCCUACUGCGAGACUCAUCUGGAGCUUCACCAGAAAGUCACCGUCAUGACAAGCCAUAAGCUGAUUGAUGCUGUGGAAAACCCGGGAAGCAGAAUAUGUAAGAGGCACGUUAGACCUCUGGAGCUGUUCUGUAAGACGGACCGGAUCUGUGUGUGUCAGUUCUGCACCGAGUCCAGUCACAAGCUUCAUCUCAUUGUUCCUCUGUUAGAAGAAUAUGAAGGAAAGAAAGCUGAGCUGGGAAAGACAGAGGCUGAAGUUCAGCAGAUGAUCCAAGAGAGACAACUGAAGAUCCAGGAGCUCAAACAGUCAUUGGUGCUAAGCCAGGAGGACGCAGCCAACGACACAGCAGCCAGUGUGCAGGUCUUCACUUCUCUGAUAAAGUCUGCUGAGAGAAGUCUGGCUGAGCUCCUUGACGCAAUCACAGAGAAGCACCAAACAACAGAGAAACAGACCGAAUGCUUCAUCAGAGAGCUGGAGGAGGAAAUCUCUGAGUUGAAGAAGAGAAGCUCCGAGCUGGAGCAGCUCUCACGUACUAAAGACCCCCUACAACUCCUCCAAAGCUUCCCGUCCUUGAACCCUGCUCCGCCCACCAAAGACUGGACAGGGGUCAGAGUUCGCUCCUCAAAUGAGGGGACUAUGAGGAGAGCUUUGGCUCAGCUGGAGGAGACACUCAGUAAAGACAUGAAGAAGAUGUGUGCCGAUGUUGAGCUGAAGAGGGUUCAGCGGUUUGCAGUGGACGUGACUCUUGAUCCUGAAACAGCCAAUCUGUAUCUCAUCCUGUCUGAGGACUGGAAGCAAGUCCGGCGUGGUGAUGAAAACCUGAAUCUCCCAGACAACCCAAAGAGACUAUCUUCUAAUGCUGUCUUAGGAAAGCAAAGCCUUUCUUCAGGGAGAUUUUACUAUGAAGUUCAGGUCAAAGGGAAGACUUCCUGGGCUUUAGGAGUGGCCAGAGAGACAAUCCAAAGGAAGAACCUCUUAUUAUCACUGUUUCCUAUGAAUGGCUUCUGGACUGUGUGCUUGAGAAAUGGAAAUCAGUACAAGGCUCUGGCGGACUCUCCAAUCCCUCUCACUCUGAAGUCUCGGCCUCAGAAGGUGGGGGUGUUUGUGGAUUAUGAGGAGGGUCUGGUCUCCUUUUAUGACGUAGAUGCUGCAGCUCUCAUCUACUCCUUUACUGGCUGUAAGUUCAUUGAGAAACUCCACCCAUAUUGUAAUCCCGGUGGUAAUGAUGCAGGUAAAAACUCAACCCCCCUAAUCAUUAGUUCUGUCAAUUACAGGGAUUAGACCAACCAUAUGACCUAAAAUGACCGAAAUCCCUUCUUUAUAUGCGUUAUAGAAUCCAUAAAGAGGACAUUUGUCUCCCGGGGGUUAGUCCACUGUUGGGUCUGCUCCACUUGGGGGCGCCACAGACAUGGUCCAGAUUCUGAGUGGAGCCUGUGGGGUCUCAGUGGGACAGUCUCAUAGAGUUAGGGCUAUCCAUCAGAGU